AUGCCGCGUGGAGGUCGGAGCCGCACCUCCUGCAUGGCCCCUCCGGCCAGCCAGGCACCUCAGAUGAGAGCGGCACCUAGACCAGCGCCAGCAGCUCAGCCUCCAGCAGCGGCUCCACCAGCUGCUGUUGGCUCACCUGCUGCUGUGCCCCGGCAGCCAGGGCUCAUGGCCCAGAUGGCAACCACUGCAGCUGGCGUGGCUGUGGGCUCUGCUGUCGGGCACACGAUAGGUCAUGCCAUCACUGGGGGCUUUAGUGGAGGAGGCAAUGCUGAGCCUUCAAGGCCUGACAUCACUUACCAGGAGCCUCAGGGAACCCAGCCAGCAUACCAGGAGCAGCAGCAGUUUGGCCCAUGCCACUAUAAGAUGAAACAGUUUCUGUAGUGUGCCCAGAACCAG